UUCUAUCAUACAGCAUCGUCAUUGUCUCUGCUUUAUUCAUGUAAGAAAUACAACCCGUUAGUGGGUCUGAAGACGACUAUGGGUUUGUGUCAGAACCCAACUUGCAAAAUUGAUCCCUUUGCUGCCCUCAGUCUCCGCUCAUCAGUCCAAGAAAUUCUGCCCGGUCAGACUAUUCGGCCGAAUGCGUAUGCGAUUGUCAACACACACCAGGAAUCUACCACGCGCCCUUUGUCCACCGCUCACAUUCAUUUGAUCGAUAAAUAUCGUUGCCUAGACGCUCAAAGUACAGGCUUCGGUAGUCCCGCUAGGAGCACUCUGUAUUUUCCACCGUGUUUGGCGUACGACCAUCGGGCCUUCAGACGCGUUGCUUUCCCCCUUAAUGACUCACUGGACACCGGAGCGAGCACCUAUCUCUUUUCUGUGCAAUAACAGAACCCCUGCGUCAAAUCACUCAAAUUGACUGAGAUGGUGACCAACAACAAUACCUCCCGUCUUUCUCCUCCACCUUCACGUGGUGUGGCAGGAUGGCUUUUCGCCAUCGCCUAUCUCAUCUGCUCUGUGCUGGCAUUUUUCGAGAUUCGGUACGCAGCUGUCAAAACUGGACUCGCUGAUGAUAUUGCAACUAUUGUCGAAACUCGUCGGUUGAUUGACAGAGACGUACCCCUGCGUUCUUCGUGGACUGGCAUUGCAUCCCUGGAUGAGGGCAUUAGUACCCUGGUGGCAGCCUUCAUCGCUGGGCCUACGGGCUGGGACAAGGGGUUCCAGUUACAUAUGUUCUACUUCCUGGUUUCCUUCUUCCCGGUCAUAGCUAUUUGGACGGUAGAGAGCGUUAGGAAGGGAAACAAGGGAGCUUUGAUUAGCUUUACGAGCUUGUUCGCAAUCUUCUACCAAACCGUCGGUGGAGCAAUCAUCAUCCCUCUUUAUUACCUGGCCUAUCUUUUCAACACCAGGAAAUCCGAAUAUUGGUCAUCCUUCCAGCGACAAGUGCCCAUUAGCUACAGCAAAGCAUUACUCCCGUCCUUGAUGCUCGGAUAUUUUAUUCCCACUCUUCUCCUAUUCGCUUGGCCACUUCUGGAUUCAGAUCCGGAAUAUAAAGUAACGCAGCUUUUGAUCGUUCUAUGGCAACCCACUCCAUUACUGGCCAAUCUGCUGUUAUUCCUUCUCUACAAGUUUAACUCGGCCACAGCAUCUCCGGCUUUCUCGAACCCCAAAUCCAAAACAGCCGACGUUCCCAGUCUCGCGACACUGUACAAACUACUCUACAUCGUGGCUCUUAUCGCUCAUAUCUUCACCAUCAGCGUCGUAUUCUUGUCUACCGAUCCACUUCAUUCAUUCUCCCAUGUCUUUGUAAGGCCUCAAGAAUGGGGACAAUCCGGCAUGAUCAAGGGUCUACACAUUAUCUUUCAAGCGGAUUACAAUCUCAUCUUUCUGUCAUCUACCAUCUGGGCUUUUCAGGCGGUAUGGGAUUUGAAGAGGACAGGGCUAGCCCGAGUAUCAUUGCUCAAAGCGGCGGUCUUGAUUAUUGUACAUUCUCUCAUAUGUGGUCCUGCGGCUUCCCUCGCUGCGGUGUGGUAUUGGAGGGAACACAAAUUUGCGGAAAUCGACGAUAAAACGGCUUGAAAUGGAUGAGCAGGUCCGGAUCAUGCCACGGGUUUACCUCUCUUCUUUUUAUGGUGCAGACAAGACUGCGACUUCGAAGGACUCUUUUCCAGAAGCUCGUUGACAUCCUUUUCCAUGCAUAGGGAUGGAGAUUUGUGCUAGGACAGGCUUCCGACACACCUAUCAAGACAAAAUUCCCAAUGUGCAAGCAGCACAGGUAUUUGAGCCAUGUACUGGCUUGCCCUGCGGCUCAAGGAUAUUGGUCACCACCUAUUCUAUCUUCACCUUCAAGACUCUCCUUGGGGGAUUGGAAUAGAUUGUACUCCAUACAUACUUUGUAGACACUCUGUCUUGCGGAUUACGGCGCCAAGUUGAUCCGGUGCCGACUUCACUCCUGCACGCGGGGAAAUCUCAUGAUGAUUUUGGGCAGACACGGCAGGUGCGUAAGUGGAGCGCGUGAAUACGGGGAAAGAACAGGCAGGCAACCAGGAAUCCAAACACCUUGGCCGUAUGCACCUUCCUUCAUUGAUGUAGCCUUUCUCAAUUUGAA